AUGGCAUCAAAUCGUUCAAAUGGAGAUGGUAAUCAAACUUCGCAAACGUUUAAAAUUUUAAUUAUUGGUGAUUCUGGAGUGGGUAAAAGUUCUCUGAUGGUGAGAUUUGUUGAUGAUAUAUUUACAACAUCGUAUAUCACAACAAUAGGAGUAGAUUUUAAAAUGAGUACAAUUAAUAUUGACGGCCAACAGUGUAAAAUACAAAUUUGGGAUACGGCCGGACAAGAACGCUUUCGAGUAAUAACGAGUACUUAUUAUAGAGGAGCAGAUGGCGUGAUUAUUGUUUACGACGUCACAAAUGGUGAAACAUUUGCAAAUUUAAAAGAUUGGAUUACAGAAAUGGAACGUCAUUGUGAUGCCAAUGUUCCUAAAAUUCUUGUUGGUAACAAAGAUGAUUCGGAUUCUGAAAUGACUAAAGUUGUUUUGACAUCGGAUGCCACUCAAUAUGCUCAACAAAAAAAUUUACCGUUUUUUGAAACGAGUGCACGAGAUAAUAAAAAUGUUGAAAAUAUAUUUCAUGAAAUAACAAAAUUAGCUUUAAGACGUCGUUUAAUAGCUCAAAAAGAUCAUUCAUCAUCAUCAACAACGAAUCAAAAACGAACAAUUUUAACAAUGGGUGGUAUAAAAGAUAAUAAAAAAUGUUGUUCAUGA